AAUUUGAAUCUUUGCCAUUUUUCCCAAAGAGCAAAAGAAAUAAAAGAGAGAGAGAGAGAGAGGCAUCAUCGAGAAUCACUUAUCUGUUUCGUAGAAUCACAAGCUCGAAGAAGAAGUUUCGAUUUCAGAUCUGAAUCCGUUAGAGAGAGAAUAAUGGGCAGUCGAGGCGGCGGCGGCGUAAGUAACGCGAAGGCGGGUGGUGUUCCGGCGUCUAGUAGAAAGGUGGUUGAGAGUUUGAAAGAGAUCGUGAACUGUUCUGACUUGGAGAUCUACGCGAUGCUUGUGGAUUGCGAUAUGGAUCCUGACGAGACCGUUAGUCGUCUCCUUUCUCAAGAUACUUUUCACGAGGUGAAGAGCAAACGAGACAAGAAGAAAGAGACCAAAGAUCCAGCAGAGUCCUGGACACGUAGCACACCCAAUCGCGGUGCUAGAAGCAGCGGUUAUGACGGCUACAACACCUCUCGAGGUGGUGGAAACAGAUUUAAAUCCAAUGAGAGGGCAAGUGUUCAAAGUGUACCUGUAAACAGAAGAGAGAACGGAACACGUAACCAUUGGGCUGGCUCUUCUUCAACACCUGGUGUCCUCGGGCGCCAACCUCCACCCAACAGUGAUCCUACUAACUCUGAAGUUAAGAAAGCACAACCAGCGGGUUCGAAUGAAGCAGUUACUUCAUCUUCGCUGCCAACUCCUGCGUAUCAAUCCGCCUGGGCCAAUGCCAACCCCGGGCAGAGAACAAUGGCUGAUAUUGUGAAAAUGGGUAGGCCUCUUCAUCAGAAGAAGAACGUUGCUGUGCCUCGAUCAACAGAGACUCAAGAGAGUGGAAGCAAAGCUCCGUUGAAGGAUGAAUGGCCUUCUAUUGAGAAGCAAGUCGUUUCUUAUCCAACAUCUUCAUCUCUCUUGAAACCAGCUGCUGACUCUGAAGUACCUGUUGACCAAUUUAGCGAGCCUCAGCAUCUGAAUGAGACUCCUUUGGAUGACGUGCCAGUUGCAUCUCCACCUGCUUCAGUAUCCAAAAGAAAUUUGCUUGAUGAUGAUGCUAGAGACUCCUCGGAAUAUGAAGACGAAAACAACAAAGUGGAGCCACAUGCUUUUGAGGAAAAUAGAGGUGAAGAUGUGUCUGCAUCUGUUGCAACUGGUUUUGAGCAACUAACCAUAGAGAACGAAGAAGACCAUGAAACAUUAAUCAAAGAAGACAAACCUCCGGUGAUAAUCCCCAGUCACCUACAAGUUCAUACCUCAGAAUGCUCACACCUGAUGUUUGGUAGCUUUGGCUUGGGGUUGGGAUCUGGCCAAGCUAGUAGUGGCUUGAAUGAUAACUUGGAGGAAACAAAAGAAACAGAAGAUAAUUCAUCAUUCAGACACCCUGAGACUGACUUCUAUGGAGAGGAAGAAGAAGAACAACUCAAGAACGCUGCUACUGAUGAACAAACAUCCUAUCAAAUCGAUUCGACCUCUAGGAACUACCAUGCUUCCUCGGAUUCUGAAACAGAAGAAGCAGCGCGACAUGAACCUCCUCCUCUUCAAGAAGAUCAUCAGUACAAGUUCUCAUCUCCCCCAGAUUAUGGAUUUGAAAACAGCCAACAGUUGAAUCCUCCAUCAGAGACAAACCCACAGAUGCAGAGUCUUGAUACCUUCCCCAACGCAAUGCAUCAAGGCAUUCAAGAUGCAAGAGAACCUGAUCUUCACUACUCACCUUUCCCAACAAAAUAUAACUCCUCUUCCCUUAGCGGUUCCAUGGCUGAGGCACUAAGGGCUUCGAGUAUUUCUCCACAAAACGCAAUGCCCAGUGGUGCAGGAGAACAAGCAGCAGCUCUUGCUCAACACCUGGCCUUAAACCCAUACUCUCACCAGCCUGGUAUGCCUUUAGGGCAUUAUGGUAAUCUGAUGAGCUAUCCGUUCAUGCCACAGAGUUACAACCCUUACAUGCCUUCAGCUUUCCAGCAAGCGUUUCCGUCUGGUAACCAUCAUCAGUCUAUGCUACCCCAAUACAAGACUCAAGCAACUGCUCCUCCUGUUCUUCCCCCCUCUGCCUAUGGUUUUGGUGGUGGAGGCUCCGCAUUGAGUAGCAACUUCCCUUUGAAUUCCACAAGCGCUCCAAACUCCUAUGAAGAUGUCUUGAGCUCGCAGUUUAGGGACAGCAAUCACUUGGCAUCACCGCUUCAACAGCAGAACGAACACUUAGCAGCAUGGCAUCAAGGACAGCAAUCCAACUCACGUGUGGUUCCAGGAAGUGGAUAUUACAGCCAUCAGAAUCAACAGCCUCCUGGUUUUCGUCAAGCCCAACAACAACAACAACAACAACAGCAUUUUGGAGGACAUGGGUAUGGGAGUCCUUACCAUUCACAAGCUCCAAUGUCACUAGAUCAUCUCCAGCACCAAUACCAACAACAACAAAACGCCAGAGAUGCUUCUAAACAGACCCACCAACAGUUAUGGCCCAACAACUACUGAUCAAAAAUCAAUCAGUCAAAUCCUUCUCCAUGCCUUUGCUUUCUCUUUCCCCCCCUUGCAGUGGGAUGAUUCCUAGGUGCGAAAAUGGCGGUGUGUGUGUGUUUGUGUGUUCUUAUGAGGGGUUUGUUAGAGACCUCCAGUGGCUGGCUUGUUUAGAUGCUAACCAACCUUCUUGUAUUACUAGAAACUCUGUUUUUCUUACCAAUUAACUCUUACAGUCUUGACAUCCCUUUUUCUUUUAUAAAACUUUUACUUUAAA